AUGAGCGACAACAAACGCAAGGGCCGCAAGGGCGGCUCCAAGCACUACCACCGCGGCGGGAAGAAGAGCGGCAAGAACACGUCGGGCGGAGGCAACGUGAGCAACAGCAACAGCAACAACAAGGCCCAUGCCGCUGCAGUGGCACAGGCACAGGCUGCAGCACAGGCUCAGGCGGCGGCCCAGGCUCAGGCAGCGGCCCAGGCCCAGGCAGCGGCCCAGGCCCAGGUUGGCUACCAGGGCGGACUCGGCGGACUCGGCGACGGCUCAGCUCACGGCGGCUACUACCGCCAAGGCGGCAAGGCUGGCGUGGGGCCAACAGGCGUGCCGACAGGCUGGGGUGCAACAGGCUCGAGUUCAGGCGCGCCGCCGGGUUGGGGUGCUACUGCCGCAGGCUCUGCGGCUCAGCCGCAGGGCGGGCCGGGCGGGCCCGGCCUGAGCGCCGGCGGCGGCUCGGAGCUGCCGCCUGGCUUUGAGACGGCAGCCCAGUCGGGGAGCGCACCAGCCGGCGGCUCGGCCGGCGGCUCAGAGCUGAUGAACAUGGUAUACACCCAGACGCUCAACUUGCUCUCGCCCGAGCUCCGCGAGCGCGCGCUGAUGGAGCUGUGCAAGAAGCGUGAGGUCAUUCCCGAGCUUGGGCCCAUCCUGUGGCACUCGGUCGGGACCAUGGCGGUCCUGCUCCAAGAGGUUGUUGCCAUCUACCCACAGCUGGCUCCGCAAUCGCUUACCGCGCUCGCCUCGAACCGUGUCUGCAACGCGCUCGCCCUCAUGCAGUGUGUGGCCUCGCACCCGGAGACGCGCUCGCUCUUCCUAACCGCCCACAUCCCGCUCUUCCUCUACCCGUUCCUCAACACAGUCUCCAAGACGCGGCCGUUUGAGUACCUGCGGCUCACCUCGCUCGGCGUCAUUGGCGCUCUAGUCAAGGUCGACGACACCGAUGUCAUUAACUUUCUCCUCUCCACCGAGAUCAUUCCGCUCUGCCUCCGCAUCAUGGAGACUGGCUCGGAGCUCUCCAAAAUCGUUGCCACCUUUGUGGUGCAGAAGAUCCUACUCGAUGAGAUGGGCCUCAACUACAUCUGUGCCACCUACGACCGCUUCUUUGCCGUCUCUACAGUCCUCGGCAACAUGAUCAACGCCCUCGUCGAGGCGCCCUCUGUCCGCAUCCUCAAGCAUGUCAUCCGCUGCUACCUGCGCCUCACAGACAACUUCCGCGCCCGCGAGGCCCUCCGCGCCUGCCUCCCGGAUGCCCUCCGCGACACUACCUUCAACGACUACAUCCAGGAGCCCUCCACCAAGCGUUGGUGGGCCCUCCUCCUGCAGAACAUUACCCAGCCGUCGUCCGGCCAGGCCGAGCACGGCGCCUCCCUCCUUCAGGAGCCGCAGGCCUGAUCAUCCCUCCCCUUGACUGCUCCAUACGCCUUGUGACCCGUCACGCGUCGGCACAUUGUCGUUCCUCUCGUGUGAUUCGUAGAAUGAACGCUCCCAGCUGC